AUGCUGUUCUCGUGCACACCUUAUGAGCUUGUGGCGUUCACAGAGGAGAAGCUUUCAUUCUCUGGGAGUAAAGGAUUGUUGUUAAGUGAGUUAUGGCAACACAUUCAAGAUAAACUACAUCAGACCAAUUAUCUAGACGACUUCCAAAAACAAACGAUUUGGAAAUGGCUCUUGUUUGAUGUGAGAGCGUACGAUGAUCACGAGGAGGUUAAAUACUAUGUGACCUAUGACAAAGAUCCCAUCACAAUUGAGUCUGACUAUCAGUCAUUCAUUAAUAAACAGAAAAAACCGUUAGAUUUAAGAAUAAGAGCCACGGAUGAUACUCAAUGCUUCCAUUUAACAGGGCAAUCAAAUUACAAGCGAUGCAUCCAAACACUAGGUGUGUUUCCUUACCAAUUAUUAGUUGAAAUUGCCAAGUACGGAGAUAAAGGUGCAUGGUCUGUUGAAGUCUCCGAUGCCACUGGGCAAGAUAAACGGUCAAUGACUGGAAGACUAAAUAAACUUGAAGAGUCAGGAUUGAUAGUAAAGGAGCAACGAUAUUGGAAAGAAAAAAAAAUUCACACGUCAUGGGUAGUGCAUUACAAAUUGACGAGCCGAGUUGGUGCCGAUAAGCCGCCACAAUCGCACGAAGACGAAAUGGACAAGACUCCAGAUAAGAUUAGACAAUUUAUAGUCAAUGCACUAAAAGAUGCGACGAAUCAUAUACGAACAUUCAGAGAUUUGAAAGUGGAGAUGAAAAUGCAUCUUGUACAACAUAUGUCUCGAUUGUUUGAAGGUGUUGUUGACACUCUAGUAGAGAGUGGUUGUGUAGAACGGAUCGAUGUACCUCAUCACCAUUAUCCGGAGCGGAUGGUGUAUGCAUUAAGGUAUUUGAAAGACCUUCCUCUUGGCGACGAUGCUAUUUUUGACAAUGACAGCUUAUUAAGCCGAUUGCGAGAGAAGAAAUCUUUGAUUGAUAAAGGCAAAGAGAUGUUCGGAGAGGAUUUUAAGAUGGAAGAGAAGGAAGAGAAAAAAGAGAAGGAAAAUCGGGACAUGGUAAUUGAUGAGGAAGAUAACGAUGGCCACAAGGACCACUUUCCAUCUGCAACAUUUAAUGAUAUAUAUACGCUUGCGACUCAAGUGUAUCAAACAAUCGAAGAUGCAGGGUCCGCGGGAACAACUUCAAGGCAACUAAUACAAGCAAUAAUGGGCGAAGGGAAACAUCGAGGAAUUGCCAAGAUUCUAGAAAGCUUUCCAACAUUCCUUGUAAAUGAUGAUGUAUUAAUUCCUCAACAGGAAUACCCAGGAGAAGAUCCACACCAUGCAAUUGUCAGACAAAGUGAAACAGAUGGUCGUACCAAAUAUUAUAGAUACUAUACUAAACAAAACUUCAAUAGUGCUAGGGUGAAAGGAUCACAUAAGAAAUCACGUCCAAGGGCACAACUUGAGCACGCGUCAUUGUUAGAUUUAGAGAUUCAGCACCGUACAAGAUUGGAAAAAACGCCAUCGGGCGACCUAGUGGAAAUCCCAAACUCAAUACUUACUAAGCGACCGUUGAACAAUGCAGAAGAAGAAGAAGAAGAAGAAGAAGAAGAAGAAGAAAAGGAAAGAGAGGAAAGAGAACAAGAUUCUGUUAUUAUAGAGUUAUUGAAAAAUAAUGAGCCUACAGUGUUAGGCAAUAUUUGUGGUACACCAGCAGCGGGUCCUAAAAGAGGCAGACCGAGGAAAACCCCAAAGAAGGAGGAGAUACUUCACAAAGACGACCAGGAUAAGGUAAAAUUAGAAAAUGAAAGUGAAAAUGAAAAUGAAAAAGAAAGGGAAAGAGAAAGAGAAAGAAAAAAAGUAAGAGACAAAAAGGUAGGAGAAGAAGGAGAUCAUUACGACGGUGACGAGGUUCAGAUACGAAAAAAGGCAAAGACAACAAAAGCAAAAGAGGUUAAACGACAAAGGAAAGAACAUACUGAAAAGGAGCCAAAGGAACUUGCAAGAACUGCAAAACCAGAAAUAGAGAGUUCUAAGGAUACCAAUGGCAACAAAUUGAAUUUAACCAACACUAGCGAGGUUGAUAUACACGCCACGGAGCCGAUGGUCUCCAAAAGAUUAACUCGUGGAAUGGCAAGAAAAGAAAAAGAAACCCAUGUUGUGGAAGCUCGAAAGGAACAAGAUGGCAAAACCGGGAAAAGAAAACUUUCAAACGAUUCUGAUAACAAAGAUGACGUUUUGACUACUAAAAUAAAAAGAAGACCCAACAUCUUGGACUUUUUCAAGUCAGUCUCACCUGAAAAAUCAAAACAGAAAUUAGACUACGACGACGCACUUGCAACUGAGAAUAACAGUGUUGACGGGGUCCAGAACAAGCGUAAUAUCGAAGAAAAUGAAAAUAAACAACAUCUGGAGCAAAAGCAGGUUCAAGAACACGAGCAAGGGCACGAGCAGGGGGAGAUGGAUUUGCAAUCGCCAACCGAUAAAGCACCAGCGAGUCAAGAAAACGUUGAAGCAACUGAAAAUGAAAGCAAUGUUAUUCAAAAGGAAAAGUCCAUUAGUGUCAAAAUGGAACCAAAUGAAAAUCACUCAAAUUCUAUGAAUUUAAAUAAACCACAAAGUCAAACUUUUACACCAACGCUAAAACAGCCUAUAGUGAAGGCCAGACUGAGAAAAGUGUUGGAAAAAUCUAUGCAAAGAAGCGCCGAUGUGACUGGCUCAAGUCGAAGAAAGGUCCUCCUUGAAGUAAUUAAAAAUCUAGGUGGUGUGACGUUUGCGAGGGCAAAAUUGGCCAAAUUACUUGAUGAGAGAAUGGGCUCCGAUACAACAACAGAUCUAAAGACGAUAGUUCGUGAUAUACACAAGCUAGUCGAAAGCGGGGAUUUGGAAGUGCAAUUGGUUCAAGUGAAGGAAAAUGGACAAGACAUGACUAGGAGAUUAAUGAUCUUGACCGAUCCGAAAGAAAGACCGUCAGACGAAAUGAUUGAAAAAGUCAAGACCAAUUCUUCGGUUUGGGGAAGAAGUGGAUACAUGGCAUCUCAAAAGACAAGGAAAUUAAUUGGCGAAACUUAUGAUGUAGUUAAUCCACAAGAGGCUCUUGGAAGAAGAUUGCCUCGAUUAUCCUCCUUAAAAUCAAAGGAGCCUAGGACUGUUAGACUUGUUGGCGAUGGCGAAAAGCAAUAUCCUGCUCGCCCGCCAAAAGAAAAGGCUCUGAAUCGAAAAGCCCCUAGUGAGAAAAAUUUCAGGUCGAGGAGAAAAGAGCGCAAAAAGGAAAUCAACAUGUCAAUCGAUUUUCCUAUUCAAUUUGAUAGAAACGAUGUAACGCAAAUAUUUCGCGCUGUUUGCAUUUGUAAAUCAUUCAAGAAGAAUGUGAUUGAUUUUGAGGCAAUUGCAGCAUUAUUCUUGAAUGCUGAUGCGGAUACGAUAAAGAGAUUAUGGAAUCAAGUGCGUCGACAGUUGGGUGGCAUGAGCUCUGUUAAAAAGGGUGAAGAGGCUUUUGAACAAAUUGUAUUGCAAAAGAUUGAAGAAAACUAUAUUGGAGUUGAUGAUUUAAAUGAUAUCCAACUACCUUUUUUUUUAAACCUUUGGGAUAGUUCCGAUCCAUCAAAGAUUUAUAUGAGCGAGCGAUAUCCAUUAUAUAACUCAAUCGAAGACAAUUUAUCGUAUUACAACAAGCUGAAUCCGGAACAGACUCAGGACCUCUUUGACAAUUUGGAACUACCUUCGAUGAAACUAAAAGAAGAAGCGCUUGUUUCUAAAUCAUUUGAUUACAAUGAUCUUGACACAACAAUAGUCGUUGAGCCAAAAAGUGCACAGAUACGCACUGCAAUAAAAGCGUUAUUUAUAACAAGACCAAGUCAACAAUCCAAAGUCGAUAUUGACAGAAUCUUGAAAGACUUCGAUGAGUCAGAGCUUGAGCAAGUCUCAGUGGCAAUGAACCAAGAAGGUGAUUUGUUAUUCCAGAAUGAGAAUCCAACCACUAAGUUCCUGAUUACAGAAAAGGUGUUUGAGCCAAUCCAAGACUGUGUUUCAAAAUCCUUUUUUAAAACCGCUAAUCAGUUUAGAGAAAAUCUAUUGGAAAUCACGAGCUCUAAAAAAGGUUUGGUAAUUACACAGGGACUCGAGGAUAGCAAUGCCGCACAAUUAUUGUCUUUGCUAUCGUCAAACAUGGUUUCCAUGACCCACAUAGACCAUCCUUAUAAGUUUGAGGGAUACGAGUCUCGAGCUGUCGAUAAAGAUUGUCUUGAAUGUGACAUGCUUGUUUAUAAAGACCUGGGGAGUAAUGCUGCACAAGAACCCUCUAUAAAGAAUGUUCCCGUACCAGUGGGGAAACCAUGCUCGUAUGUCUGGGUAGACUCUCACGGACAGAUCAAUAGUGAGUUAUGGAGAAAUAUUAUAGCUGCUUUGGUAUAUUUCAUUCAUUCCAGACCAGGUAUACCAUCUGUUUUUUUAUAUAAAAAAUACCAACGUUUACUCAGCUACAAAGAGUUGAACGUGGUGCUCGACUGGUUGAAAAAGAGUCAAUUUAUUGUACAUGGACCAUUCGAUGGUUACUCAACAACAAGUAAUUGGUUCUCCAUAUUGGGCAGUUGA